CUACUUUUGUUUCUCUCUCUACUUUUUCAUAGUCAGAUCACAUGCAACAUUCGUAGCACUGAGCCCGUUUUCGAAGGCAAAAUUCCUCCAAUCAUCAUAGGCCGUAUCAGCAACCCAAAUUCAAUCCAACCCAAUUAUACAUAGACAUAUAUAUACACACACACAUAUAUACACAGAGAGAGAAUUUUUACACAGAAAGAGAUGUUCAUCAUGAUUCAACCCAAUGUGUUUGGUUGUCUUCAAUCGCCAUAGCUGCAUUGAUCCAGUUCAUCCUAUGUUUCUUUUACCUUUCUAGGGUUGAGAAAUAAAGCUGAUAAGUAGUUAUAUAUAUAUACACACACAGGUAUAAGGAAUCAUUUGGUAUUUUGUUCUUUAAGACGGUGUUGGCUUUAUCAGAUUGGUUCAGAGGGAGAAUAUUUAAAGAGAAUCUGAUCUGAUGCAUAAUGGGUUUUCUCUUCUGUUCAACGGUCUUCCUUCCUCUUUCGUUGGAGGCUGUGAAAAUCCAACACUUCUCCCAAGAUUUCUAGAGUGAGAAAGUGUUAUUUUCACAGACAUAGAGUGAUACAUAUAUUGACAUAUAUAAAUAUAUAGAUGUCUAUAUAUGCAUUUAUUAACAUUUAGGGAUUUUAGAGAGAGAAAUGUUGGCAUUGGUUGGGGGUCAAGGAGGAGCAGCACCAGCAGCUAAUAUGGAGAAGGAUUUUGAUUCAAAGCUUAGCAUUCAGAGCAAUUCAUCCAAUGGUGGGAACACACAGAGAUCUAAUAGCUUUCAAUUUAGGGCACCACAGGAGAAUUUUAGGAUCCUAGACUUCGAAUUGGGAAAGAUCUAUGGCGUUGGUUCUUAUUCUAAGGUUGUGAGAGCAAAGAAGAAAGACACAGGAAUUGUAUAUGCCUUGAAGAUCAUGGACAAGAAAUUCAUCACCAAAGAAAAUAAAACUUCUUAUGUGAAGUUAGAGCGCAUUGUACUUGAUCAAUUAGAUCAUCCUGGCAUUGUGCGGCUAUUUUUCACAUUUCAAGACACUUUUUCGCUGUACAUGGCACUUGAGUCCUGUGAAGGUGGAGAACUUUUUGAUCAAAUAAACAGGAAAGGUCGUUUGUCAGAAGAUGAAGCUCGCUUCUAUGCUGCUGAAGUUAUCGAUGCUCUAGAAUAUAUACAUAGUAUGGGAUUGAUUCAUCGAGAUAUUAAGCCAGAGAACCUGCUUCUUACUGCGGAAGGACAUAUUAAAAUUGCUGACUUUGGCAGUGUAAAGCCUUUGCAGGAUAGCCGGAUCACAGUCCUUCCAAAUGCAUCUUCUGAUGAUAAGGCUUGCACAUUCGUGGGUACAGCUGCUUAUGUCCCUCCAGAAGUGUUAAAUUCUUCUCCUGCAACUUUUGGAAAUGACCUCUGGGCACUUGGCUGCACCUUGUACCAGAUGCUUUCAGGAUCUUCCCCUUUCAAAGAUGCAAGUGAGUGGCUUAUUUUCCAAAGAAUUAUUGCCAGAGAUAUCAGAUAUCCGAAUUAUUUUUCAGAAGAAGCUCGAGAUCUUAUUGACCGGUUGUUGGAUAUUGAUCCCAGCAGAAGACCUGGUGCUGGGCAUGAUGGUUAUGCUUCACUUAAGAAGCAUCCUUUCUUUGAGGGAGUUGACUGGAAGAAUUUAAGGGUACAAACCCCUCCAAAACUUGCUUUGGAGGCAAAGGCUCAGUCAAGUGAGGGUGAUGAUGUUCAGGACUCUGCAUGGAACCCUUCACACAUUGGGGAUGGUUUCACAAGACAAAAUGAUGGAAACAGUGGUGCUGAAUCGUCUUCUGAUGCUGGUCAUAUAACUAGGCUUGCUUCUAUUGACUCCUUCGAUUCAAAAUGGCAACAGUUUUUGGAGCCUGGGGAAUCUGUUCUUAUGAUCUCAAUGGUCAAGAAGAUUCGAAAACUAACAAACAAGAAAGUUCAGCUAAUCCUGACCAACAAGCCGAAGUUGAUUUAUGUGGACCCCUCUAAGCUUGUGGCUAAAGGGAAUAUAAUCUGGUCUGAUAACCCUAGUGAGCUUAGCGUCCAAGUUAUGAGCCCUUCACAUUUCAAAAUUUGCACACCGAAGAAAAUUUUGUCAUUUGAGGAUGCCAAACAAAGAGCAAUGCAAUGGAAAAAAGCAAUUGAGACCCUCCAAAAUCGGUGACUUUUAUUCAUUGUUUGACAACACAUUCUUUGGUUGUAACAAUAUGGCAGAGGAAUGUGGGGAUCCUGAAAGAGAUGGGUGCUCCCGGGGAAUUUUUUAUUUAUAGAAAGUGAUUCAAUUUGGGGAACCAGCCUAUCAAGUUGCAAGCCCUUCCCCAUACAAGCAUCCCUCUUCUUGUGCUAUGAUUGAUUUUUGAGUUUUGUGCUAAGAUUAGUACGACGGUGUUCCUAAUGGGUUUGUUGGGGAAUGCUAUGUUUCUGGUACCAGCCAAAUAGAAAAGAAACAUUCUAUUUUGUUUUCAAAGCCUUUCGAAUUUUCUGUUUUGAUUAGUGAUAGUCUGCAUCAAACCCUCCUUAAUAUAUGUGUGAAUUGUAGAGAAGUCUGUGUACAUGUAAAAGGAGUGAUGAAACAUGUCCUGAAAUUCGGGUGGCUGUUCAAUUUUUUUUUUUUUUUUAAAGAUUAAGAGGACUCUUCUAGUUGAAAUUUUUUCAAAUUAAACGAAGUAUCUUUUGCAGUUGACAAUGUUUAAACAAAUUACAACUGUUUGAUAGGAA